AUGGACAUAGACACUGAAUGCCUGACCCCAAGUGUGGCUCUGAAGCUAAUUACAGAAUCACAAAACACUCCCUCAAGAUCACCAGAGAAGGUGAACAGAGAAACAAGUUUACCUCCUGGUUUCGAGAAGAUAUGGACACCACCUUUGGUGAAACUUAAUAUACAAGGAACUUCAAACCCUCUAUCUGAUCUAUCCGGAUCGGCUGGAAUAGUGCGUGAUCAAUCAGGGAAGUGGGUGUUUGGGUACAUCAGGUGCCAUAGGAGCAUCCCUGAAGUCGCAGCUGGGCUUUUGGCUAUAUACCAUGGCCUGAAAUUUCUGUGGGACAGCGGUUUCCGAAGAAUCCACUUGGAGACAACAAGCUUUGAGAUCAUCAAUGCUCUAACAACAAGAUCGUCCCUGUUUUGUAAAAGGAAAACGCUUCUGGGGUCGUGCAAGGACAUGAUAUUGAAGGAGUGGGAGUGUGACAUUUACCAUAUCUCCAAAGAACAGAACUCGUGUGCAGAAUGGUUAGCAAAGAGAUCAGAAGAACAGCCUCAAGAAUUAGUUUUCUUCGAAUACCCUCCUCGUGGCCUUGUGGAUCUUCUGGAGAAAGACCGCCUUGCAGCUAUAUAG